AUGGCGUCAGCGACGGUUGUCCUUGGAGCGACGGGCCUUUCCUCUCCAACCCUAGCGAUUUCGUCCAAGCCUCCACGCAUUCAGGCGACUCGUGGAAAUUCGCCACGUGUCGCUGUUUCCAGAGCCCAUCCAGGAUGUGGCUUGAUUCCACCGCUCUCUUCAUCAAACUGGUCAACAAGUCAACGCCUGCCUCAGUCAACGUCUCGGAGUCAACGGCAAGUCCGCCCAAAAAGGCGGGUCCGCGAGCGCGGGCCUGCCGUCGUCCGUGCUGCUAGCAGUAACGAUGAAGCGGCAUUGGAGGCCUCGACAUUGCCGACGUCGCCAUUUGCCUCCGCGACUCCGCUUACAGCCAAUGCUACUCCCGUCGCCACUGCCAUUCCCGCCGCACAAUCCGCCUUGAUCCCCGCCGCUCAACCGCAGGCCCAACCCUCCGCAACUUCGCUCUCCAACCAUUUCAACUUAUUCCUCCUAAAGUUCAUCCCACUCUUAACAAACCUAAGGUCCCUCAGUCGAGACGCGCUGGCCUCUCUUCUCGCUCCCCUCCGCUCGCUCAACCUCCCCUCGUUACAGUCACAACUCGCGUCCGUUACAGUCAAGCCCGCGUUUCUCACCUUCGCCGUCUGCCUGCUCCUCGCCGCGUCGCUCCCCGGCGUCGCGCACGCCGCGAAAUCCGGCGGACGCGUCGGCGGAAGCGCCUUCUCGUCGUCCUCCUCUUCCUCCUCCUCACGCUCUCGCUCGCAAUCGCGCUCCGGCCCGUCGCAAUCUUAUUCCUACUCGAACCCCUCGUCGUCCUCCUCGUACCAAUCCCGCCAUUAUUCCGCCAAUCCCUCGCGCAACUUCUUCUUUGCGCCAUCCGCGCCCUUCUUUGCGCCUUCCCCCUUCUUCGGGGGGUGGGGAGGCGGAUGGGGCUGGGGAUGGUCCCCCUUUGCCCCGCGCCCCGCCGUGACGAUUAACGUCGGCGGAAGGGGCGGCGGAGGGGGCGCGUUCGGGACUGUAUUUAAUCUCCUGGUGUUUGGGAUGGUGACUUUCGCUUUAGUGCAAACAAUUCGGGGGUUUCUGGGGCAGUGGGAAGAAGACAGGGAGCUGGAAGAUGCGGAGCGGUGCAGUGUGGUGCAACUACAGGUUGGGUUGCUGGGGGCAGCGCGAAGGCUUCAAGCUGACUUGGAGAGAAUAGCGGAUAGGGCCGACGUGACAUCCCAAGAUGGGCUGCAUUACCUGCUGCAAGAGACCAUUCUUGCUCUCCUGCGACAUCCCGACUACUGCGUCUAUGGCUUCUCCUCUUCCGCUACUUACCGCGAUGCCACAGCCGGAGAGACAGCGUUCAACCGGGCGAGCAUGGAGGAGCGGAGAAAGUUCCAGGAAGAAACGGUGGUGAACGUGGGGGGCGACGAGUUGCAGGGUGUGGAAGUGCUGUGGACGCCCCAAGAUCCCUCUGACUCGUUGACAGCACAUGACAUACUGAGUGACUAUCCUUCCAUGCGCAUGCUAUAA